CCAUAUCGAGGGAGUCAAAUGGGGACAUCUAGCGGUCAAUGAUAUUAUUGCAGAAUUUGGUCAGCCACGUUACUGUUGCAGUGUAACUUUUAGGCUAUUUUCUCUUCCAUUGUGUCGCCGCAACCAUUACUCAUUAUGAACGUAACGAACGAUGAACACCCCAAGACAGUUCUCCAUGGCCUUAACGGACUAAGGGAGCAGGCAGAGCUGACUGACGUGGUUCUGGAAGUCGAAGGGAGAAGUUUCCCCUGCCAUCGUGCCGUCCUGGCCUCCUGCAGUCCCUACUUCCGUGGCAUGUUCACCAGCGGCUACGCGGAGGCCAGACAGGAGAGGAUCAGCAUCCAGGGUGUGAGUGAGGUAGCCAUGGCAACCAUCCUGGGGUAUGCCUACACUGGCUGCCUUCAGAUGGAGCCAGACCAGGUCCAGGCUGUGAUGUCUGCAGCCAGACUGCUACAGGUUGAUUUUGUAUGCUGUAAGGCUGCAGAAUACAUGAAAAACCACCUGGACGUGUCCAACUGUGCAGAUGUGUUGAUGUAUGCUGACAUGAUGGGGGACCAGGCUCUAAUGGAGUCCUGUAGGACGUACAUCGCAUCCAGGUCAGUCUAG